UAUUUUUUGGAAGCUACAUAAAUGAAAUCAAAAUUCUUCAUCUUUCAUCUCUGGUCACUGAUCUCCAUGAUUAACUCAACCCCACUGCACGAAGAAGACGAUGACUUUCUCCACUGUUUAACUCAAAAUUCUGACCCAUCUCAACCAAUACUUUCCGUCACCUAUGCUCCAACCAAUUCUUCAUUUUCCUCCGUUCUUGAAUCCUACAUUCGGAAUCUCCGAUUCGCCACGCCGGCUACCCGGAAGCCUUCCUUCAUAAUUACGCCCACCCAUUUCUCUCAUGUCCAAGCCGCAAUUAUUUGCGCUAGAUCACAUGAUUUCCAGAUCAGGAUCAGGAGCGGAGGCCACGACUACGACGGCCUGUCGUAUGUGUCGGAGUUCCCAUUUGUGCUUAUAGACAUGUUCAACCUCAGAUCGGUGGAUGUCGAUAUGGAAACCGAGACGGUUUGGGUCGGAUCCGGCGCCACACUUGGAGAGGUUUAUUAUGGGAUUUACGAGAAGAGUAAGAUCCAUGGCUUUCCUGCUGGUGUCUGUCCCACUGUCGGAGCUGGAGGUCAUUUCAGUGGAGCCGGGUACGGCAACAUGAUGAGGAAAUAUGGGCUGACCGUUGAUCAAAUCGUGGAUGCUAAAAUGAUCGAUGCUUAUGGACGAUUGCUUGACAGAGAGUCAAUGGGGGAAGAUCUCUUCUGGGCAAUAAGAGGGGGAGGUGGGGCUAGUUUUGGUGUUAUCUUGUCAUGGAAAAUCAAGCUGGUUCGUGUCCCUGAAAUUGUUACUGUCUUCAAAGUGGAGAGGACAGUGGAGGAAGGUGCAACGGAGAUGGUUCAUAAAUGGCAACAUGUUGCGAGCCAAACCGACAAUGACCUUUUCAUAAGAGUGGUGGUGAUGCCGUCUGAGAAGAAAGGCCUGAAGACGGUUAAGGCGAAAUUCGUCACAUUGUUUCUGGGGAGUGCAGACAGAUUGAUGGGUAUCAUGAAUCAAAGUUUUCCUGAAUUGGGUCUGCAAAUUCAUGACUGCAAGGAGAUGAAUUGGAUUGAAUCAGUUCUUUUCUGGUCAAAUUAUCCCAUGGGGACAUCCACACAAGUACUGCUCGACAGAAUGCCUAGCUCAGAGAAGUUUCUCAAGAAGAAAUCAGAUUACGUGCAAAGACCUAUCAGCAUAGGUGAUCUUGAAGGGAUAUGGAAGAAAAUGAUGGAACUGAAGAAGCCGGUGAUGACAUUCAAUCCCUAUGGAGGAAGGAUGAGCGAGAUAUCGGAGUUUGAAACUCCAUUUCCUCACAGAGAAGGAAACCUGUACAAAAUCCAGUAUUCAGUAAACUGGAAAGAGGAAGGGAAUGAUGCUGAUGCUCAUUACCUUAGCUUGAUUAGGAACCUUUAUGAUUAUAUGACACCUUAUGUCUCUGAAUCACCUAGAUCUUCAUACUUGAACUACAGAGAUGUCGACCUGGGUAUCAAUGAAAAUGGAAGAAGAUCAAGCUACUCUGAAGCCAACAUAUGGGGGACUAAGUACUUCAAGGGCAAUUUCGAUCGCCUGGUUCGUGUCAAAACAUCUGUUGAUCCUGACAACUUGUUUUGGUAUGAACAAAGCAUUCCGUCAAUUGCAACUUUUGCAGAUUCAAAGUAGGGAAAUCCAAAAUGAAGUGUGUGUAUGUAUUAAUGAGUGUUGCAAGAAGAAUAUCUUCUUAUUUAUUAUGUAUUUACAAGCCAUUGCUAAUGAUACAACAAUUGAAGAAGUUCAUGCUAAAGGUUAUAUUGGUAUUGUAUUCUGCGAUGAUGAUAGUAGACGAAAGCUCUCCAUAAAAGGAACCCUCUCGCGGCUUAAGCAUUGGCUCUUAAAGGAAGCACUACAUCUAUCAUAUAAUAUUACAGGUAUGUAAUUUAUUUGGAAACAAAUUCAUUCUCUUUAAAUUACUUUGUACAUGCCAUGAAAUAUUAGAUAGUAUCUUCCAAUUUACAUCUUUUAACCGAGAAAAGUCAUCUUCACCCUAAGUAAUUUCUUUUCCCUAUAAGGAUGUGGAUGAUUUUAAAGAUGAUUAA